AGCUGGGAUGUCACUCAGCGUCGUCGUUCUUUUAUAACCUAAAAGGGAAUUCAUUUCAUUCCAAACAGAAGAUACAUUCGAAUAUCGCUGUCUGCUUGCUCGAAUAGGUUUUGACAUCGUUUGGAAGUGGUGCCGCCUUGGGAUCGCCUCUUUUGAACGGGACACCUUGCAAAAAUGGAAGGGCUGAGUGGGAGAGGAGAAGUUUAAUGAAGUCAGUUCAUGCGUGAGUGUCCAAUGGACCUUUGUCGCUGGUGUGGUUUAGAGAGGGGAUCUGCCGCAUUUUCCGGACAAACCUGGAUUUACAGCAGAUGGUACGGGAACAAUACACCAGAACAUCACAAGGCACAAGCCUGCAGAAUCCAGAGAGCCAGUAUGUCUACAAAAUUGGGAUCUAUGGCUGGAGAAAACGAUGCCUCUACCUUUUUGUUCUACUUCUGCUUAUCAUUUUGGUUGUGAACUUUGCACUGACAAUAUGGAUCAUCAGAGUUAUGUGGUUUAAUCCGGAAGGAAUGGGUUUGCUGAAAGUUACAAAAAGCGGACUUCGUCUGGAUGGAGAGUCCGAGUUCUUAUUCCCCCUAUAUGCCAAAGAAAUUCACUCCCGAGAGGAUUCAUCUUUGCUUCUUCAUUCCUCACAAAACAUCACACUUAAUGCACGUAACAUGAAUGGUGAUGUGACGGGCAGAUUAACAGUAGGGCCAAAAAUUGUUCAGAUCCAAGGUCAACAAUUUGAAAUUAAGUCCAGCAGUGGCAAGAUGUUGUUUUCAGCAGAUGAGAAUGAAGUGGUUGUGGGAGCAGACAAGCUUUGUGUUACUGGUCCUGAAGGGGCUCUCUUUGAACAUUCUGUGGAAACCCCACUCAUCAAAGCUGAAGCAUUUAAGCAACUAAGACUGGAAUCUCCAACUCGAUCUCUCAGCAUGGAUGCACCAAAAGGUGUUCAUAUUAAAGCGCAGGCAGGAAACAUUGAGGCUACAUCUCAGAUGAAUAUUAUGCUCCACACUAGCGAUGGAAUGUUAGUACUGGAUUCUGAAACUGUGCGCUUGCCCAACUUACCUCAUGGGACAAGGGGAGUACCUGGAAAUUCUAAUGGACUUUAUGAAGUGUGUGUUUGCCCAGAUGGGAAACUGUAUCUGUCAACUGCAGGAGUGAGCUCCACGUGCCAUGAAUACAGCAGGAUCUGCCAGUAAAUCAGCCUGCAGAAAGUCCAAACAAGUCUAAAUUCCCAUGAUUAGAAGAAUUUGUUUUUUCAGCAGAAAUUUUAAAAAGCAACAUUUCAAAAGUUUUAAGGAUAAACUGUUCAAGAAAAAAAUAAUUUCCUUCAUUUAGAAGAUUUUAAUCAUGAACUUGAACUGGAUCGUAAGAUAAACUGAAGAGCACAAUAAUGCAGCUUUUCUGAAGAACUGCAAACUUAAAAGCAACUUUGUCUGUAUUUGUACAAUAGAAAUUAAAAAAACACAACUUUCAUUUUAAUUAAACAAUAUUCUGAAUUACUGAAUCUUA